GGAGGAUUUUCGCCCCCACCCACCCCCAACCCUGCGGUGUUUCGGGGGAUUAGGGUUUGUGUCCCCCCGCCCUUUGCCGCCAUUGCUUCUUGGAUGUUGAAGGUCUCGCAUUGUGGCUCCAGGUCAUGUGAAGACAGCCACUUCGACCAUAUCAUUGCUUGCAAACUCGAAGGACAUACCUCUGCAGGAUGGGAAGCGGCUUCUAAAAAGGGUCUCUGUUGGUUUGAACUGCAACGCAUUGGGAUGGCACAGUGGGUUUCUGAUCGUCAAGCUCCUUUUAGCGAUCAGGAUGGAGAAAGGAAGCCUAAACUUUCUGCUUGCAUCGCGAAGGAUGAUCUGGGAUAUGAUGAGGGGGAAGCUGCGACUGCGGAAACCCUCGCAAUGCAGGAAAAUGCGAAACGAAAGCAUCAUUUUCAAGAUGUCAAACCACAUAAACGUGGAAAGGAAAAGCAAAAGAAGAGUACACAGGUCAAACCCAAGGCAAAAAGGCGUCAUCGUCCUGUUGACAGAUGGUCAGCAGAGAGGUAUAAGCAAGCGGAACAAAGCUUGCUGGAGAUCUUGAAGGCAGAAGGGGCUGUUUUUGGUAAUCCAAUUAGACGACCAGAACUCAGAUUAGCUGGUCGUCGACGAAUUGGUGAUACUGGGCUGCUUGACCACUUAUUGAAGCAUGUUGAUGGUAAAGUGGCGCCAGGUGGGAAAGAUCGAUUCAGGCGAUGGCAUAAUACAGAUGGAGUUAUGGAAUAUUGGCUGGAAAGUGCUGAUUUAGAUGAUAUUCGCCGUGAAGCAGGAGUGGAGGAUCCUUAUUGGAUUCCACCAUCAGGAUGGAAACCUGGGGAUACUCCUGCAGAGGAGCGUGUUUCAGUUGCAGAAUUCAAGAAGCUUAAAGAAGAAAUGGCCAGUAUGAAGAGAGAUUUCGAAGAGCUGGUGGAUAAGAAGCCUGGGCAGGGACAACUUAAUCUAGUGGAGGAGAAGUACAAAGAAUUGAUGAACUGGAAAGCAAAGACCAGUCAGCGUUUGAUGGAAAUAUCUAGUUCUUUGAGUGGCAUGCAGGGGAUGUACAAGGAUUUGAUUGCAUGGAAAACAAAAACUGAGCAACAACUCACGGAACUUUCCAAUUCAUUGAGUAUCAUGGCUGCGAAGCAGCACAAGACAGCUCUGAGUCCUCCGGCAUCAGAAAAAUGGGAAGAUUGGUUGGAGAGCACUAACUUGGAUAACAUUCAAGCAGAGGAUAUCGGACCUUGGUUGCAGAGUGCUGAUGUUGGAAAUUUCGAGAGGGAAGUUUUGAUGCAGAAUCCAUUCCCUUCUCUGCCUCGACCAAAGCCCAUUGAUGGUCCCUUGCAGAAUUCAACGUGUGCUAGGGAGUUGGAGAUAGCAAAGGAAGAAAUGGCUAUGUUCAGAGAUUCGUGGGAUCUUGUACCCAGGAAGCACGAUGGAGCUAUCAAUAACGGGAAACAAGGUGCUUUCACCGUGAACUCAAAAGUGGAGCUCGAUAAUUCAUUCCUUCUGUUGCAGGAAAUGUUCAAGGAGUUGGCGAAAUGGAAAGGCAAGGUGGAGCAGCAACUGAUGGAGAUUACCAAUGCUGUUAGUAAUAUGCAGACAGCGAGGCAGUUUACUUCAUUUGGACCAUCAACCUUUUAUCUGUGAAGAAAUCUGACAUUGUAAUUGGAAUCAGGCCUCUAGGCCAUGGAAGUAAACUGGCAAACAGAACAGUAGGAAAUUGUAGGAUUUAGAUUUUGUACAGGACUUUACUAGCUGCCUCAGUUACCAGUGCCUAGCCAAUAGGACCAACAUCUAACUUAUAUUGGGAGUCGCAAUUCUGAUCGGCCGGAGGAGCUGCACCAACUCUUGAGGGUACAUAGAUGCGAAGAUUUGGUGCAGAUCGGAGCAACUUUCUUAUGGAUGCUAUAAAGUUAAGAAGUGACCUUUCAGCUUCUGUGACUUGUGUAGGUAUUUCAUGUCAGCUGAUCAGUUAAUUGCAAAGUUUCCCUAUGAUAGUAUUUGGAUUGUUUGGAUAUGUUAACUUAUUUGGUCCUUCUGAUGAAACAUUUUAUGGCCUUUUUUGGUAAA